ACCCAAACGCAACAUGUAUAAGAAGUUAGUAAGAGCUUUAACACACUUAUUUUAGCAAUAAAGUUACUCAGUUCUACAAAAACCCGCAAGGUAUAUAUAACUGAAAAUUAUUGUCUUUUUGAAAUGGGGGACAAAAAGCAUCAAACUCGUCCCAAACGUAUUUUCAUCAACGACGUCGACACGUAUUCCUCCAAACACAUCGCUGAGUUUUUAUCGACAUCAUGCGCGACCGAGGAUGAAGCCGAAGCAGAAGAAAGCUCCCCUCGAGGUGAACCUGCUUUCCAAAUAGUGGGAACUGUGUCUCCUUCCACCAAAGAUGAUCAGGACAACUUCCUGCUUGAACAGUAUGUGUCACCAACUCGAGACGAGCUUCUUGAGCGCCUGCUGGAGUGUGAUGUUGUGGUGUACAACAUCUCAGAAAGUGCUACACAACAGCAGAUUGAAGAAGCAACAUGGGUUAUCGAAGCACUUACUGCCGAGAUGGAGAACAUCAAGUCUCGAAAAAUAUUCAUCUUAGUCUCAACUGUGAUGACCUGGGCCAUGACCAAGUCGCAGAAUCCGGAGGAAACAUAUUUUCUGCUAACAGAGGAAGAGUUCAGAAGAAGAAGGCCACAUCCCAAUUUCAGAAACCACUAUAAUGUGGAGAAACUUGUGCUGAAACUGGGUAGAGGGAAAAAGUCCAAGCUUAUUGGAUAUGUUGUAGCUUGUGGUCUUCAGUAUGGAAAGGGAGAGAACCUCUUUCACUACUUUUUCAAGGUGUCUUGGUUGAUGCAGUUUCCAAAAGUUCCUCUCUUUGGACAGGGCACAAAUCACAUCCCCAUGAUUCACGUAAAUGAUCUUGGAGGAGUGAUCCAAAACAUCAUUGAACUCAAGCCAAAGUCAAAGUACAUUCUUGCUGUCGAUGAUUCCAAGAACUCUUUAGAGGAAAUUGUAAAGAUGAUAAGCAAUACACUCGGGUCUGGAAAAAUUACCAAAGUACCUGAGGAGGAUGCCAUCACAAUGAAGGCUUUUAAGCCAGAUGAAUUGGAAUACCUUAAUAUCAACCUCCGUCUGGAUGGUUUUAUUAUAAAAGACUCCUUCAGUCUCCGCUGGACGUCUGAAGCUGGGAUGGUUGAAAACAUGGCCAGCAUUGUUGAGGAAUACAAAGACACCCGGCAGCUUCUUCCAAUCAGAAUCUGCCUGGUAGGACCUCCAGCUGUGGGUAAAACCACCAUUGCAGAGAAGCUCUGCAGACAUUACCAAAUACAUCACAUCAAGAUCAAAGAGGUCAUUGAGGAAAAGAUCACACAACUGAAGGAGAUAGUGGAUGGAGCUGACCCUGAAAUUGUCAGUGAAGAAGCAGUGACUGCUGCACAGAAACAACUGGAAACUUUUAACGAAAGCAUGGAAAUGCAAGCAGGUCGACUGGCUGACCACCUAGCUUUUGACAUUUUGAAAGAAAAGCUGAAUUCAAAGCCAUGCGUGAACCAAGGAUUUGUUCUCGAUGGCUUCCCUAAGAUCUAUGAGCAGGGAAAGCUGAUUUUCUCUGAUGAGGGCACAGAGAACGAGGAUUUGAUGUCCAAAACACCCGUGUACAACAAGAAGAUCACUCCAGAGCAUGUUUUUGCCCUUAAUGCGACGGAUGAUUUUCUGACAAAGAGAGCUCAGGGACUUCCACAGAGUGUGGCAGAGAAAAUGCGUUGCACCCAGGAGGAAUUUGUCCCUCGCCUGAUGAGAUACAGACAACUCACUACCGCAGAGGAAACCCUGCUGGACUACUUUGAUGAGCUUGAGAUUCACCCGGAACAUAUUGAGGUCACUACAGUCGAUUCAGAGUACACAGAUGUUAUGAAGAAGAUCACAGAGAUGGUCGGGGUUCCAAAAAACUAUGGGCUGAGUCCAGAGGAGCAGGAGGAGGAGGACAGAAGGAAAGACGAAGAGAGGAAGCAGAAACUGGCUACAGAGGCUGCUGAGAAGAAACGUAGGAAUGAAGCUGCACUGGCUGAGAUGGCUGCUCAGUAUGAGGAGUGGCAGAGGAAUUUGUCUGAGGUGAGGCGACAGGAGCACGAGCUGCUGGAAGCUCACUCUCUUCCUCUGAGGAACUAUCUGAUGAAGAAUGUGAUGCCCUCGCUCACUGAAGCCAUGUUAGAGUGCUCCAAGAUCAAACCAGAGGACCCCGUCAACUUUUUGGCUGAACAUCUACUACGGAACAACCAACAACAAUAACAAUCAAUCUAAUGAGGAUAUGAUCGCAUACAUGUUAUUUUUUCCUACAGUACAAUCAAAGAUCCUGUAGUUUUGACUUUAACGUCACAGAUUUUAUUCAUAAAACUUGUCUAUGCUGUCAUUUGUAAGUUUAACUGAAGCAAAGAGGACAAACACUGAGCAGGCAUAGAUAUAUGUUUAUUUAAGGAAUUUAUUUAGGUCAAAUGCUCCAUUUGAGGGUCUACGCCUUUACACACGUAUUGAUUAAUUGGAAAUCAGAUGUACGUCAAGAAAGAAUUUCAGCUCGCCGUCGAAGUGUAAAACGAAGUAU